AACCACUUUGCCACAACCACGGUGCUGACAUGUCACACAACCACGGUGCUGACAUGUGGUUUGAAAAUUUAAACAUAUUUAGCCCAUAUUUAUAUAACGUUGAUUCAAACAAUGCGUUCCUGCUCUUUAUCUAUGUAGUAACUUUGUUUAUAUAGUAAUGUUGUAGGGUAGUCUGUUGACAGAUGAAGAUUACGUAUACAAUUGAAUUUGCAUUAAUUAUACUAUGAAUAACUUAGAAAGCAUAACUGCAUCGUUAGUGCGGGAAUAUCUACACAGACACAAAUGUGUUCAAUCACUUCAACAACUCGAUGUUGAGUUUCCAAGAGAUGAAUCAAGUAUCAGUAACAGAUCUAAGCUAGCUUCAGCAUUAAACAUGGACGGUUUGAUGAAGGUAAAUAAAAUAAAAAAGCAACCAUACAAGUCUGUACUUGAAGUAAUGGUUUCCAAUUUUGUUUUAAAAAAUAACACACCAGUAAUCGUGGGCAGUGAUGUUGGCUUACCACAACAGUCUGUACAAAAUGAAGACAGUGCAAAGCUAAAGACAUCACAGUCAGAAAACACAAAUAAAAAUAACUAUCACGAUACACAACCUGUAGAUCAUAUGUCAGGUACCAACAAGAGUGCUAAUGUUUCUACUUGGCUUCAUUCUGAAAUCAAUCAAACAGGAGAUUUAUGGAAUGAUCUAAAACUAUUUGAUGUGGGUCAAUCAAAAGCAACCUCUCAUGCACGCCCAUAUUCUGCUGUGCAAUCUACUAACACGCAUCAGGUAUACCGGGAGCGCUCAAAAACUCCCAAUAUAAGUAGUAGGAAUGUGGAUGAAGCAGAUUUAAACAGAGUUGUAGAUAUUCUUAGUUUAACAGAUGUAACAGAGAAUGAACCAACAACAAAAGUUAAUAUUUCAUCUUCAAAAAAUUGGAAGACAACAAAAGAAAACUUACUCACUCAUGACACUACUCUUGCCUCUUUUGAUGCCAGCACUGUUAUGGAUCUUAGGAAUUUAUUCUUUGGUCAAACCAAAAAUGGUUUUAGCAGUGAGUGGGUAAAUCAAAAUUUCAGAUUUUGUAACUGUUCUUACGGUGAACCAAAUGAACUCCGAUUUGGAAUUGUGCAAAACAAAGGUGGCCCUUGUGGGGUAUUGGCUGCAGUUCAAGCUGUUGUACUAAAACACAUGUUGUUUAUUGAGAACACAGUUGUUUGUCCUAGUGAUCUUAAUGUAACAGAUAAACAGAGAACUAAAUGUUUAGUUUCUGCACUGGCUGAAAUAAUAUGGAGAAGUAGGUCUGUACAAACAACUGCUUAUUUAGCACUGAUGGCUCAAAGAAAACAAUUCACGUUACCAAUGUUGUGUAGAACUGAUGGAGUGAGUGAAUAUGUUUUUUUACAAACCUGUAAGUCUUUUGAAGAAUUAAAGCUUUGUAUUGAACAAAAUAUUGAUAUUUAUGAGAAAGGCAAAGGAAGUUGCAUUCUUCUCUUGUUUUCAUGUAUUUUAUCGCAUGGAAUAAAACAAGUCAAACAAGAUAUGGAUGAACCUACUGGUCACAUAAUGGGUGUACAUAACUAUUGCACCCAAGAAAUGAUAAAUUUAUUGCUGGUUGGCACAGCAACAUCUAAUGCUUUUGAUAACAAGAUAAAGUUAGAUGCAGAUAAUACACUAUAUGGUGUUUCUCUGCAAAGUGACGUAGGAAUGCUGUCUCUUUUUGAACAUUAUGGAUCUUGUACCAUUGGUAAUAAUUAUAAAGUGCCAAAAUACCCAAUAUGGCUGGUGUGUAGUGAAAGUCAUUUUUCUGUUUUGUUCUCGUUUGAUAAAACAAUUUGUGAAAAGUUAAUUAAAAAAGUUUUUGAUUUAUUUUAUUAUGAUGGAUUAGCAAAUCAAGAUGAAGUGAUAAGGUUAACAGUGAACACCACUGCUACUAAUGUAUGUAAACAUGAUGAUAAGGAUUUAGUUCCACCACUGGAUCAUUGUAUUCGUACAAAGUGGCCGAAUGCUUCAGUGGAUUGGAAUGACACCGAUCCAAUUUUGUAAAUUUUUAUAUUGACAGCAAUUGAAGAAAUCGUGUUUGAUUAGAAUAUGUUUUGUAGAAUGGGACAGUUUAAAAAAUAUUAUUGUAAUUGAGCUGUUUUUGUAGAAUUGCUUUUGUUCCCACUGUUAUCUUUUUCAAAUUUUAUAUGUAAUAGUCCUUUACAAAGCUAUUUUUUAG